AUGACUAUUUCUAAUGAAAGCCCUUAUCGGGAAGUUAGAAGUGUGAAAGAGAAUCUUCUUGGACCCAAGACUAAGCUCCGUGCUGGUGCUUGGAAUGUCCGUACCAUGUACGAAACAUCAAAACGUGCACAAAUUACAAAUGAGAUGAAACGCCACAAGAUACAGAUCCUAGGAAUCAGCGAAGCACGCUGGACCGGUUCGGGAAAAAUCAAAACAAAUGACAGAUAUACGGUAAUUUUCUCAGGUCAGGAGAACAUUCAUUUAUACGGGGUUGCUGUUAUAAUUGACAAAGAAAACUUAAAUACACUGUUGGAGUGGGAACCUAUCAGCGACAGACUGAUCCGAGCAAGGUUUAAUUCAAAAUACUGCAAACUAUCUGUCCUACAAUGUUAUGCCCCAACUAAUGAUGCAGAUGAAGAUUGCAAAGAUGACUGGUAUGAUCAACUACAAAUGGCAAUCUCUAAAGUACCACAACAUGACAUGCUUCUUAUAAUGGGUGACAUAAAUGCAAAAGUUGGAUCAGACAAUAGUAAUUUUGAACGAACAAUGGGCAAACAUGGAUGUGGGGAGAGAAACAACAAUGGAGAUAGACUUGUUGAAAUCUGUGCAAACAACAACUUGUCAUAG